GCAGAGCGGAUAUCCGGCGCAGUCUCUGGCUGACGUGUCCUUGCUGGCGGGUUUAGAGUAGCUGUUGGAGCUGGGACAUUCAGUGAGCUGGAUACCGGCACGGUGAGAGCGGGGGAGCAGGGCUCUGCUAUGGAGCGGGGAGGGGGGGGUCUCUCCUGGGGGAAUGGCACUGAUAUAUAGGGACAGAGAGCCAUAGGGGACACUUAUUGGUGUUACACCUCAGCCAGGGCUCAUACAGCCAGGGCCUGCAGGAGCUCUGUUACAAUGUAUCUAUUAAUGGAAUCCUAUAAUGUGUAGUCCCUGUCCCUGCUCUCUGUAUUCUGUGGGUGGAGGGGUCAGCCAUUGUUCCAUUCUGUGACAGACAGCCCAGGGGUUCUCCAGUUUAGAUGUAUAACAUGUCACUCAGAUACUGCUUUAUAAAGGAGUUUGUCAUGUGGAGAUAUUGAGAUCUCUUUAUAAGGCAGUCAUGGUAUCUCCUCUGUGGGGUAUAGGACCCUUUCAUCUCUAAGUGACUGUAUGAGUAAAAACAAAAAAAUGGUUGGGGUGUGUGUGUAUAUAUCUUAAAUUGUAUUUAAUUUUUUUUAAAUAGGUCAUCUUUUUGGGUCCCCCCCCAAGAUGAACAGCCAAUAGUCACUGGUACACUUGUGCUUUACACACACCACCUGGGGGUGAUUCAAACCUAAGAGCUGAUAACAUUGCCUGUCCAAGAGUGACACAUCAGCGUUACAUUGGAAUGAUGAUGCUGCAGAGCAGGGGGUCCCUAUUUAAAAUCGCAGCUUUUGGGAUUGAAUUAUUUAUAUAUUUAUAUUUUUUUUUUAUGGAGGCCUGGAUCCUUGGUUGGACACCCUGUAAACUAUCAAGAAUUCUUAGAUGCUUUAUUAAGUGUUUUUUUUUUUUUUUCACCCCCCCUCCCCCAAACACACACCUUCUUAUUUGAGGAAUGCUAACCUUUUAAGCAGACAUGUAAUAACAUUCUGACCAUGUUUAUUUGUGAUUUCUUGCAGAUGAGGGUGUUGUUUCUUGCGUUUUUGGGUCUCCUGGUAGUUGUCCAGUGUGAAGAAGGAGCCAGGUUACUGGCUUCAAAGUCUCUUCUCAAUAGAUAUGCUGUAGAAGGGAAAGACUUGACUCUGCAAUAUAAUAUCUACAAUGUUGGAUCCAGGUAUGGACAAUUUAUUAUUCAUAACAACUGCAAUCCUAACACAGAAAAUUGUCAGAUUUAUACAUUUUAUGUGCUAAUCAUGUGGCGAACAUGAAGCAAUAAUGUAGUGACCUUGUUAUGAUUCCUUUAGAUCUUACUCUAGGAGACGGUUCACCAAACUCUGGUCCUCCCAGAUGUUGCUGAACUACAACACCCAUGAUUCUUUGAUGGAAGUAAAUUGCUAGAGAAUCAUGGGAGUCAUAGAUAAGCAACAUCUGGAGGAGCACAGUUUGGAGAAGCCUGCUCUAGGAUAAAGAUUGGUAACGUUGGCAUCCUGGAUGUGUAUUUGAAAUACUACACUACGCUCAACCAGCUUUUAUAUUGACUGCAUCAUGGGUAAUAUAGUUUAGACCAAGCAUAAGCAACCUUCGGCACUGCAGAUGUUUUGAACUACACCUCUCAUGCCAGCAUUAUGGGUGUAAGAGCAUUAUGGGGAUGUAGUUCACUACAUCUGGAGUGCUGAAGGUUGCCUACCACUGGUUUAGACACUGCAGGGUUAUUUGCUAAAGUAAGAAUUUAAAGUGAUUUGUAAGGCCAGGGUACUUGAUCAGGAGCAAAUUGGCUAUUUUGGCCCAAAAUUUGAAAGUCACUUUCAGUUAUUACUGUAGUGAAUAACUCUGCUGAUGUGACAAGAGGCGUGUUCUAGAAGGUUAUAGAUUGCUAGAUAGUACACAUUCAAAGCUGUCAAAGUUCUAGUGACAGUAGAAUUUAGCAGGAUUAUUUGAAGGUGCACUAGCGUUGCGAAUACAAAAAGUUUACUUACCGUUCAGGACUGCUUACCUUUACUCUCCCAGCAAUGUCACGGGUAGACAGGGUCACUUUUGUGAUGGGCUAGUCCAGUACUCCUCGUAGCAGUGUGGACCUAAUGCGCAUGCACAAGGGAGUGCAGAGCGUGCAUUCAAACAUUUCCGUGGGAAAGCAUUGAAUUAAUGUUAGUUGUCGAGGAUUCAAGUUAAAUUCGCUCUGCUUCCAGUUUGACUCUUUUGGUCUAAAAUUUGAAUUUCUCUUUGAAUUCGUUACAAUUUUCACAUUUAUAAAUUAACCCUGUGUGCUAGAAGCAUUAGCCUUAGGGCUUGGUAUCUUCAGACUCAAAUGUUAAUGCUACCGUAAUAUCCCACUACAUAUUCUCCGUACAGCGAUACAUUCUUACAACUGUUCUAUAUCACCUGUGUUGUUUGUUUUGUGGGGUUUUUUUUGUUUUGUUUUUCCUCUUUUAUACACUGGACACUGCAUGCCAUUAAAGGAACAACAUGAGCUCAUAGGAAUAACAGAGGGCAGGAGUGGUACAGGCUUUUCUUGUCUUCUGGGUUUGAACCAUUUUUUCUAUCAGUUUAAUACCAAAUUUGGUCCCCUGGCACCUGACACAACUUUCUCAUUGAUCCUGUCGUAUGAGGAAUGUUUGUUGGGUGGCCAGUGAUGGGACAAGAUAAGCAAAAUAAUGCUCUCAGCCUAACACCCCCUUCUUUCUGUUUGCAGUGCUGCCUUAGAAGUGGAGCUGUCAGAUGAUUCCUUCCCUCCUGAAGACUUUGGAAUAGUGUCCGGUAUGCUGAAUGUUAAAUGGGACAGAAUUGCACCGUAUCUUUUUUUUUAACUUUUUUUUUUGUGUGUGUGUGUUUGUCUCUUGGAAUGACAGGCAUUUUCAGUGACUUUAUGUAAAAGCAUUAUGUAGCACUGUAAGAGAACUUUAAAUAGACAAAUAUGGAAAAGUUGUGAUGUGUGUGUGUGCACUAUACUAGGUUGCGCUUAACAGUAAUAAAUGUGUACUAGUCAAACAAUACACCUACACCCCAUAAACAAAAGGUCCAAAUUGUUGUUGUGCCUUGUUCUUUUAACUAGUCUAAAGUAGGUCCUUAUGGGAAGUAACUUCUUACAAGAUGGUCAUUUUAGUAAUGGCAGUUUUCCUCAAUAAGUCAACCUAUGGAAUAGGUAACGAAAACAAACACAAAAUAUAUCUCUGAUGGUGUAGUAAUUUCAAUAUGUGUCGUAUUUGUAUAAAGAGAAACCGAAAUGCACUCCGAAAUAAAGAACUAUCAACUAACUUAAGGCCAACAGCAUGUAGUGAUCCAUUCCUCGCUUAGGAAAUGGUAGAAAUGUACACAUUCAGAGCAGGCCGCGUGGAGAGGUGUGAUCUUGACCAUAGAUUGAUGAGGCAUCUUAUCAGUGAUAUGUGGAGAUAAGUACACAAAUGAAAUAGCGCUAGUGUAGUAUUUUAAUAUGUGAUGGUCUAGGUGAAAAGUCACACACUUCCAGUCAGUAUGAAGAAACCAGCAUGGAUCGGUAUAUUACUUUGAUGGGAAAACUAGUGUGAAGUGUCCCUUUAUGUUGUAACUGUACCUGAAGUGCACAUAGUGCUCUUAGUAUCUGAAUGCUGUAGCUUGGCAUUUGAAAGUAUAAUUCUGGCUAUUGGGUCCUUAACCAGCAUUUAUGCAGUGCAAGCAACGUAUCCCACACCGUGGUACUGAGACCACUGAAAGCUGGCUAUUUUAACUUCACAUCUGCCACAGUCGCCUACCUGGCCCAGGAAGGAGCACAAGUAGUGGUGAGUAAUCUGAUAUACAUUGGAAAUAUCUGA